AUGGUCCGCUUCUGGCUGCGACACCUCUUCGGCGAGACACGGAAGAAGACGCCACAAAAGUCGCCCGAUCCAACCUUCUCGCCCACAUCCGACGAGCCUGUCGCCAUUUCAACACCCAUGUGGUGCUCGAGCCUUCGCCUAGCAAAUGUGCCAGCGUACGUCGACUACGACGAGGAGGGGGAGGAGGAGGAGGAAGACGACUGCCAACCCAUGUGGUACAGAGAUUCAGAUCAUCCUUCAGGGUGCCCCUGCUGCAUCGAGGGCACAGGCUUCCCGCGGCCGCCCUCCACAGCCCUGAGCAGCCCAGAUUACGGCGGGCACCCUCGCAAGGCGUCGAGGGCCUCGACACACGUUUCGACGAGCUCGGCCGAUAGCGAGGCCCGCCCCGGAUCCGAGGCGAAGGAACCCAGCGCCAACCCCGCCUGUGAAACUACCGUCCGGUUCCGUCGCUCCGUGAGCACUUUUGGCCUCAGGAUGAAAAAGAGUAUGAAGAACCUGAACAGGAGGCCAAGUGGGAGCCUGAGAUGA